UGUGAAACACACCGUUAAUUAUCGAAACAAAUUAUAUUUGUAUAGUUUGUUGCUAGACUUCUUUUGUUUCCCGAAAUCCACGGGUCUCACUGUGCGGUAGGUCAUGGCGGGUAGGAACAACAUUUCCCUUGUUCCUCUAUGUUGCCACGUGUCCACCCGGGUGCGUCUUCAUUACGCCGAUUCUGUUGCAAAACGUUUCUUAAACGGAAGGGAACGGGACUGGACAUACCCGAAUGUGUCCAGUAAAAACACUCGUUUUAGCUGUAAAACUGUUUACAACAGUUUGGACUAAUUAUUACACCCCUGCUAGACAGCUCACUAGUCAUUAGCCAGCGUCAAGCUAAAGCUUUGCCAAUGUAACAAGAAAAUGGACACGGAAUGUCAGUAACCAAAGGCAUAUUGUGACAUUUCGAGGAAAAAUAUGACAAGAAUAUCAGUUGGACAUCGAAAUCCGACUGCAAAGGAGAGAGCCAGGAAGAAUGGAGAAGUUCGAUUGUAGAAUCACGACAACAACAUUCUCUUGUUUCACGAGUAGCUAACUUCUGUGCAAUCUUGAAGCUGUUGUCAUUUGCAACUUGCAAAUGAUGUAUUCAUCAAGAAGAAAACCAGUCCUCUAUUUCAAAGAAGACAGAAGAAAUGAAACACCAAAAGCACCUCGUCCAGAAGAGCGUAAUCAAUUAUGUUCUGAGAAAUGCACAGUCUACAAACUAUUUGGUCUGUGUGUGGUGCUGGUACUGGUCUCCCUCCUAUGGCUCCAACUCAGCUGUACAGGAGACAUGAGCCGGGUUGUAGUGGAUGACAGACACCUCCUCCAUCAGCCCUGUCUGCUGGAGAGACAGGCAUCCGCUGCGGACGACCCUUCCUGGGGUCCUCACAAGCUGGCUCUCCUGAUACCUUUCAGGGAGAGGUUUGAGGAGCUGCUGGUGUUUGUCCCCUUCAUGCACACCUUCUUGAACAACAAGAAAAUACUGCAUAAGAUCUUUGUAAUCAACCAGAUGGAUCACUAUCGGUUCAACAGAGCCUCUCUCAUUAACGUUGGUUACACGGAGAGUGGUAACGACACUGAUUACAUCGCCAUGCAUGAUGUGGACUUGUUACCUCUGAAUGAAGCUCUGGACUAUGGUUUCCCAGAGGAGGGCCCGUUCCACGUGGCCUCACCAGAGCUGCACCCCCUGUAUCACUACAAGGCAUAUGUGGGAGGAAUCCUGCUGCUCACCAAACAGCAUUAUCACAUGUGCAACGGCAUGUCCAACCGGUUCUGGGGAUGGGGGAGAGAAGAUGAUGAAUUCUACAGGAGACUAAGAACUGCUGGAUUACAGCUCUUCAGGCCCAGUGGGAUAAAAACAGGGUAUAAAACCUUUCGCCACAUCCAUGACCCUGCCUGGAGGAAGAGAGACCAGAAGAGAGUGGCUGCACAGAAACAGGAACAAUUCAAGGUUGACCCUGAGGGCGGGUUGACUAACUUGCAGUACAAGCUGGAGUCGAGACAGGAGCUGACUAUUAGUGGAGCCCCUGUCACUGUCCUCAACACCAAACUGGAGUGUGACACAGACAAGACUCCCUGGUGUCUGUUGAACUAAGAUGGCCCCCAUGAUAGACCUAUGCUGCCUCUCAUCUGGGUUAUAUUCAUUAUCUACCAAAUGGAAUAAAACAGGGAGGGACUACCUGAGCUUCUCCAAUGAGAAACACUUGUUUUUGUGUGCCCUAUUGAAUAUGACCCCGGUGCUACAGAGGGGUGCUGUUAACCCCUGCAUGCUGUGCUACUUCGGGACAGUUUCUGGUCCUGAGGACAUGGCUAAAACAAACAACCGCACCAGGAGACAUGGGUACCAUAUUCUGUCCGGUCCAGAGAAGAGCCUUUGACCUUUGAACCCAGAAACGCCUUCCCUCAUCGGAGAGAUGGAAUGUAUUUAUAAACUAGCUAAAUUAUGUUGUCCUUUAGAACUGCGGUGUAGUCAUCUGACUUGCUUUCAGAACUGUGAGUGACUGGAUCUCAAGCAGGCCUAACUUCAGGGUCUUUUAAACUACAGACACUUUGCCAAUAUUGACGACACACGAAAGGAAAGGUGUACUGAAAUCGUAAGCAAAGGCCUUUGUGUCUGUUUAUCCAGGUGACCGACCAGGACCAACCCUGCUUAGCUUCAGAGGCCAACCAGCAGUGGGAUGUUGGGUGGUCUGGCUCCUGGGUGUGGUACUAGUGGACCAUUGCCUGUCCUUCAGUUGAAGUCUGCUAUACUGUCUGGAUUAAUGUCUUAUCAUCAGAGUUAGUUUGCUAUGAAAGGGUUUUCUUUCUGACAUUGUAGUGCACCGGGAUUGGCAUGCCACCUCCAUGGUACAUAGCGCUGUAUUCUCAUCCGGUAUCCAUUGUGACCCAUCAUGUACUCAACUAGUAGUGAGUUGAGUAUCAGAGUGCCCUUUUGGGUUUGUUGUUGAUGGUAAAAUCAGCUUUUAAGGUUUACAGUUUGGCCAUAUACCAUACUGCUGUAAUGUCAAGCAUAUGUCACAACAGUUUGGCCAUAUUCCAUACUGCUGUAAUGUCAAGCGUACAGUUGAAGUCGGAAGUUUACAUACACCUUAGCCAAAUACAUCUAAACUCAGUUUUUCACAAUUCCUGACAUUCAAUC